AAUGCUCCACUGAAUUAUGGCUAAGAGAGUUUUACUGGUCACGGCUAACGUUGGUUCAUUAUUUGAGCAACCAAGUAGCCUUCUGCAUCACUGGAAGCAGCAAUUUGGUGACUUAUUAUUAUACGAAAAACCCGAUUUCUUCGCAUUGCAUCUUCAGGAGCUGGGUGGAAAAUCUAAUGACCUAGGUAGAAAUUCGCAUCUUUUGGAAACCAUUAUCAAGUUCUUUUUCGAGCACAAAGCGUUGUCUAUGUACACUAUUGGCCGAGCUUUCAUGGACCAAGAUCAUAAAGAUGACGAACUUUAUACGGCAUUGGGUAGUAUCUACCUUGUUCACCAAUCGAUUGCAGAGCAAACUGAAAUGUUUUCUUUUGUCGAAAACCAAUACGUUCCCGUGGCACCCCCUAAGCAAGUAUCAAUUAACCUGGAGCAGUGUAAUUUUGUAGACCGUCAGAAAUUUCCCAUCCAGUAUUUUCCGCAGGGUAAGUUGUCACGGAAGGGUUUCAUGCGAACGAUGUGGUCUCUUGGUAACAUGAAAAUGGAACUGUCUAAUAUUCAUCUCUUUCAUGAUGAUUCAAACUUACGGGCUCUUCAAUCCUCUCCAUCGGACUACGCUGUCUUCAGACGCAACGCGCUUUCCUACUUUCUCGGUAAAUUAGACAUUUCAGUUCCUUCGUUUAUAUUUGGAGACUUCAACUUCAGAACUGAUACGAAAGCCUUAAUAUCUUAUCUCAUAUCGGAAAAGCGUUAUGCUCUAUCGAAAUCGAUCAACAAAGUUUCUAUCGAUAAUGAAAGUACCGAAGGAGAAAAUUGUAACGAGAACGUAAUGGAAGUUGAGGCCAAGAAAUUCAAUUUAAAGUUUGGCUGGUUGAAAGAAAAAGAUUUCCUUCGUCAGUUUGAUACAGAAGUAAAAGCAUUUCCAUUUUUAAAAGAGCUGCCGGCUGAUUACCUGCCAACUUACCCCAUUUGCGAAGACAGCGCAAUGGCUUACAAUAACUCGAGAUGUCCUAGCUGGUGCGACAGAGUUUUGUUUUGUCCAGAGGCGUCUCGUAUGAUUGACCAUUCGGAGCCAGUAGCGUAUAAAAUACUUGGCUCUGAUUUUCCGAUGGGAGACCACAAACCUGUGUAUGUUGCUUAUUCUCUGCGCCCUGAAUUAAAAAAUAAUCUAUCUCCUUCCAAUUUCCGAGAACCUAUCGCUAAAAAUCCAAACAAUUUAUUUGAGCUCAAUGUCAAUUCAUAUUGAUUAAUUCAAACCGUUGGCCCUAAUGUAAUAUCUCAGAAAGUUUGUUAAAUGUUGCAUAUUUCUUUGUUUCUUUUAGCUUCGGUGUCUUUUAUAUUCAAUGAUAAAAUAUGUAAACUAUAUUAAUGUACAGGUUCUUCGACGAAUUAAGUUGUUUUUGUAUCCUUGAGUUAACUUUCGAACCUGGAUUACUUGGUGUGAAAAAAUAGUGCGGUAAAUCUGGAGUCAAAAGGAAGCUAGUAAAAUUAAUUAAGAAGAACAAGUUUAUCUAAUUGUUCAUUUGUAAUAGCUAUUUUUGUUUAAAAAAUAACUGUAUAGAUGUAGAGCAUCAUAUUUCCCUCGGUUAGCUAGUUUGCAGUUAAAAUUUUAAAUGCAGUAUGAUCAGUUUAAUUUAAU